AUGAACCCCAAGUCAACUUCUCGUACCAAAUCAUCUUUACUUAUGGGGAACCGGCCUGAACAAUCUGAGGGCUUUAGUGAUCGAAAUAGUGGUUUCGAACAUACUACUGGGGACAACGUGGCUACCACUCGGUACGAAGAAAGUGUCUCUACCCCAAGGAAACGUCUCGAUGGACGAAAAAAAUCGGCUGAAGGCUGCAACGUCAGCAGGAAUUAUAUCACCCGCAACACGAGAGAUCUCGACGACAACUUCGGUAUAAUCCAAGAAUUUGAUAAUUGCAGGGCUAGCGGCAGUCCUCAAUCAACCAAGAAUCAGGCACAGAUUCACAGGUGCAGCUCUCCAAAGAAAGUUCGUGAUGAAGGACUGGAAUUGGAACGUGCUCCUGUGGGCACCGCAAUGCGUGUGCGACAAUCAUCUAAAAAGGAGCUUUCACUUAAGAGAAAAAACACUGUUACGUCAAGCAGAGUGGGUGCUGAGGCCGAGACUUUCCAGUCUUUCCCUUCUGCAGCCAGAAAAUUUCAAAAAGCGAGCUCAACUCGGAGGAGAUUGGUUGAUUCGCUGGAUGUGCCGGUGGAAUCAAUCAUGGAUAGAUCUGCGGCUUCAUCGCCUGACAAACAGUCGCGAAUCCUUCGAUUCCCCCGACUUAACCAAGAGAGCCACCAAUCGUUGUCGCAGGUGACAAUGAAUAUGAAUAAGGACAGACCUACCAACAACAGACAACAGUCACCUACAAUAUCAUCCAGGCUGCGGGGAUCCAUGGUCACCUAUGCACGACAGCGGUCUUUCUUAAACGACAUUCCCCUCGCUGAUAACGUUAAAGAUGGGGAAUCGUCUUCAAAUCCUCCCGACCACGAAUCCGCGUUCAUUAUAUCAGGUUUGGCUUCUCAAAACCCCGAGGGUGUCGAUGAAAUCGACGACGAAAACAGCGACAGCAAGCCUGUUCGUAGUAUCCAUGAACUAAGGCAGGCUGGGGAUAAUGCCCGCUUCUGUGAGACCGUGGACCUGAUUCUGGAGGAUAUUGAAGACUCCUCUGACUCUGUCUCGAAAAGAUGUGACGGCUUUGUCAGACUAUGUGUGAAGCUUUCGGAUCCUAGGUUUGCAGGCUUGAUGUAA